CUCCCUCCCCGCAUAUAAAGCUUCUCCCCCGCAGUCCCCGCAGCCCCAGUCUCUGUGCCCGGAGUCUCCGCUUCUCCCCUCUCUCUGUGCCGGUCGCUCGCUGAGUCGCAGUCGCAGCCAUGGACGCGAUUAAGAAGAAGAUGCAGAUGCUGAAGUUGGACAAGGAGAAUGCGAUCGAUCGCGCUGAGCAGGCGGAGGGCGACAAGAAGCAGGCGGAGGAUCGCUGCAAGCAGAUAGAGGAGGAGGUGAUGGCUCUGCAGAAGAAGACAAAAUCCACCGAGGACGAAGUGGAGAAAUAUUCUGAGUCGGUGAAGGAAGCUCAGGAGAAGCUGGAGAUGGCGGAGAAGAAGGCCACGGACGCUGAGGCAGAAGUGGCAUCUUUGAACAGGCGCAUCCAGCUGGUAGAGGAGGAGUUGGACCGCGCUCAGGAACGUCUCGCCACCGCUCUGCAGAAACUGGAAGAGACAGAGAAAGCCGUGGAUGAGAGCGAGAGAGGAAUGAAGGUCAUUGAGAACAGGGCCACCAAGGAUGAGGAGAAGAUGGUGGACCAAGAGCAGCAGCUGAGAGAGGCUAAAAACAUAGCAGAGGAGUCAGACCGCAAGUAUGAGGAGGUUGCCCGUAAACUUGUCGUCCUUGAGGGGGACCUGGAGCGUUCUGAAGAGAGAGCUGAGGUGGCCGAGAGUCGGCUCAGGCAGUUGGAAGAGGAACUUCGGACCAUGGAUCAGAAUCUGAAAUCUCUAAUUGCAGCAGAGGAAGAGUAUGCAUCAAAAGAAGACAAAUAUGAAGAUGAAAUAAAACUGCUGUCUGAGAAGCUAAAAGAAACUGAUGGACGAGUUGAGUUUGCUGAGAAAUCUGUGGUUAAACUUGAGAAAACCAUCGAUGAUCUGGAAGAUGAGGUCUAUUCCCAGAAGAUGAGAUACAAAGCCAUCAGUGAGGAGUUGGACAAUGCUCUCAAUGACAUCACAUCUCUAUGAGCCUCACUUGCCACACCUUCUCCUGCCAUGACCUCCCAGCCCACCGACUCUUCACAUGUCUUCACUUCGUCAAGUCUUAUUCCACUUGCAUGUCUCAUCUUUCACCAGAAAAGACUGUUCAACUGCCAUGUUACUUUCCUUGUAGUUGAGGUUCAACAUCCAGGAGCCUCUCUACUUACGAAUAAUAUCAUUUUUUUCUUUUGGGUUGAUUUCCUCUUAUUUCCCAUCUAUGGUAAUGUCACCGCUGCCUUGACUCUCUCUCUUCUCCUGACUGCCACUGAGUUCUUUGUGCGCCAGUUGCUGCCUGACUGCCUCUGUCUCAGUAUGUCACUGUGCCUUAUACUCCUAUGACCCCUAUUGAACCUCUGUCCUCCUGAGUUUCCUCCCAUCCUUGGGGUUUUCUGGUCCUGUCCCUUCCCUCUGGUGGGUCUGUAUGUCUCUUCUUUUGCUUUUGGGGGUGACAUUGUGGAUAUGGGGUGACAGUGUGGAUGUGGGAUGACAGUGUGGAUAUGGGGUGCCAGUGUGGAUAUGGGGUGACAGUGUGGAUAUGGGGUGACAGUGUGGAUAUUGGGUGCCAGUGAGGAUAUGGGGUGACAGUGUGGAUAUGGGGUGACAGUGUGGAUAUGGGGUGCAGCAGAACAAGGGGUGCUAAGGGUCAUUGCCAUUGGUUUUGAGACAGUAAAACUCCCUGGAGCCCCAUCUCCCCUUCCUCUGACCUCUCUCUGUUGGACCUUGUGCUGCUCAAUAAACAUUUCUCCUCUGUCUCCAAA